AUGACGGCGGAGCGCGACGCCGUCGCCGCGGCGCUCGCGUCGGAGCGCGACGCGCUCGGCGCGGAGCGCGACGCCGUCGCGUCGGCGCUCCACGCGGAGCGCGAGGCGCACGCGGGCGUCGCCGCGGCGCUGACCACGGAGCGCGCGGCGGCGGCGCACCACAUCGACGACGCCGUCGCCUCGGCGCUGCACGCCGAGCGCGAGGCGCACGCGGCGCGCGUCCGAUCGCUGACGGACGCGCACCGCUCCUCGGCCGCGACGGCCGAGAGCGAGCGGUCGCGGCUCGCGGCGGCCGUGCCCGCGCUCAAGGCCGAGCUCGCGGUGCAGCUCGAGGAGGCCGUCGCGCGCGAGGCGGCCGUUUCCGCGUCGUGCGACGUCGCGCGGCGGCUCCGGGGCGAGCGCGACCGCGCGCUCCUCGAGCACGCGCACGCGCUCGAGGUGUCGCGGCUCAGCGAGGCCUGCCUCGGGUCCCUCGUCGACGAGCUCAAGCAGUACGCCAGGGUCGUCGACGCCCAGGCCGCCGCGAGCGGCGCGCUAGCGGCGAACGCGGAGCGCGCGGACGGCCGCGCGGCGCGCGCCGAGGACCAGCUCGCCAAGCUCCGCGACCGCGUGGCGGAAUCCGAGGGCGCCCUCGCCGCGGCGAAGCGCUACGCCGCGGACAAGGAGCGCGACGUGCUCCUCGCCUGCGACCGCGUCGCGGCGAACGCCGCGGACCGCACGGACACGCAGCGCGAGGUCGUCGAGCUCCAGUCCAUGCUCGCGGAGUCCUACGCCCACUUCGACGCGCUGGCCAAGGUCGCGCGGGCGCCCCGGGCCGACGACGGCAACGUCGCGGGCCUCGCCGCGGACCUCGCGGCCGCGCGGCGCGACCGCGACGCGCUCGCGGCCCGGGCCGCCGCCGCGGACGCGUCCGCGGCCGCGGCGCCGGCCGAGGCGGCCGCGGCGGCGGACGCGCGCGCGGCGGACCUGACGGCGGCGCUCGAGGCGUCGCUCGCGGAGGAGCGCGCGGAGAACGAGGAGCUCAUGGACCGCCUCGUCGAGGCCGGCGCGAAGGCCAAGGGCGACCUCGCCGCGGCGGCCGCCGCCUUCGACGAGAGGGCCGCGGUCACCGCCGCGCGGCUCGACCUCGAGGCGAAGGCGACGGAGGAGCUCAUGGAGGAGCUCGAGGCGACGCAGGAUCGCUACGACGCCGAGGUCGCCGCGCUCCGCUGCCAGGUCGCCGAGGCGACGCGCGACGCCGCGGCGACGCCGACGGGCGCCGACGCCGCGAAGAAGGGCGCGGCGACGCCGUGGCAGGCGACGACGCCGUGGUCCAAGGCCGGCCGCCCCGUCGACGAGGCCGACGCGCUCCUCGAGCAAUUGCGGGAGGCGCAGAACGCGACGGCCCUCGAAAAAACCGCCGUCCAGCGCCUCGAGCUCGAGCUCGACGACCUCGAGGCCGCGCGCGCCGCGGACGUCGCGACGCUCGCGCUCAAACUCCAGAGCGCGGACGCCGCGCGCGCGGCCGCGCGCGACGACGCGGCGGCGCGCGAGGCCGCGGGCCACGCCCUCGUCGCCGCGGCGACGGAGGCGACGGCGCGGGCGCUGCGCGACGUCGAGGCGGCGACGCGGCUCCACGAGGCGCGCGAGCGCGACGCGCCCGAGGACGCCGUCGAGUGCCGCGUCCCGCUCGGCGCCGACGAGCGGUCGGCCCUCGAGGCCCUGCGGGACUCGGAGCGCGCGGCGUCCUGCGCGGCCUUCGACGCCGCGCGGGGCGAGGCCGUGGCGACGGCCGACGAGGUCGCGGCGCUGCGCCGCGCGGCCGUCGAGACGUCCCUGAAGGCCGACGCGGUCCUCGCGCGCGCGGACGAGCUGCGGGCCCAGGUCGACGCGGCCCACGCCGAGGCGCGGCGCGCGUCCGCCGCGCGCGCGACGAGCGAGGCCGAGGCCGCGGCCGCGCGGCGCCGGACCGGCGACCUCGAGGCCGCGGCGGCCGGCGCGGCGGCGACGAUCGCCGCGCUGGAGAGCGACGUCGCCGCGGCGCGCGCCGGCGGCGCCGCCGAGGCCGGGGCGUUGCGCGCGACGCUGGAGGCGCUGCGGGGCGAGCUCGCGGCGUCGGAGGACGCGCGGGACGCGCUCGACGCGGCCGUCGGCGACAACCAGGCGGCCGCGGCGUCGCGGGCCGACGAGCUCGCGGCGCUCGCGGCGGCCCGCGACGCCGCCGAGGCGCGCGCCGACGCCGCGGCGCGCGACGUCGCGUUGAAGGGCGACGUCGAGGCCGCGGCGCUCCGCGAGGCCGCCGCGGCCACGGGCCGGGACCUCGAGCGCGCCGAGGCCGCGCUCGACGACGCGCGCGGCGCCCGGGAGGCGCUCGCGGCGCAGCUCGAGGCGGCCAACGUCGAGAAGGGCCGCCUGGCGCGCGACCUCGAGGCCGCGGCCGCGAAGGCGCGCGCGGACGCCGAGGCGUUGACGCGCGACCGCGACGGCGACGUCGAGGCGGCGCGCAUCCGCGCCGCGGGCGCCGAGGCGGCGCUCGCGGCGUCCGAGGCGGCCCUGGCGGCGUCGGAGAGCGGCCUGGCGGCGUCGGAGGCGUCGCGCGACGCGCUCAAGGACGCGCUCGACCGCGACAAGCGGCGCCUAUUGGACGAGCUCGCGGGACACGCGGCGGCGACGGAGGCGGACGUGCUCGCGCUCGAGGCCAAGGUCUCCGCCGCCGAGGCGGCGGCGGGCGAGGCGCGGCGGGAGCUCGCGGCCGAGGUCGCCAAGGGCGCCGCGUCGGCGACGGAGGCCGCCGCGCUCGAGGCCGCCGUCGACGACCUCCGGGGCCGGCUCGCGGCCGCGGCGGCCGGCGGCGACGCGGCGGCCCGGGACCUCGAGGCCAAGCUCGAGGCGGCGCUGGCGGCGCGCGACGCCGCGGAGGCGCGGCGCUGCGCGGACGCGGCCGCCGCGGCCGCGGCGCUCGCGCGCUCCGAGGCGGACGUGGCGGCGCUCGAGGCCGCGCUCGACGGCUCGAAGCGCGCGCGCGACGACGUCGCCGCGGCUUUGGAGGCGACGCUCGCGCGCGCGGCGGCGCUGGAGGCGACGGUGUCGGCGACGUCCGAGGACGCCGCGCGGCGCGUCGCCGCGGCCGAGGCCGACCGCGACGCGGCCGCCGGGGCGCUCGACGCGCAGGCCGCGGAGAGCUUGGAGGCCGCGGCGCGCCUCGAGGCCGAGGUCCUCGACCGCGCGCGCGACGCCGACGUGCUGCGCGUCGCCGUGGACGCGGCGUGCGCCGACGCGGCCUGGGCCGAGGCCGCGCGGAAGCGGAGCGUCGCGCGCGCCGAGGCCGCGGAGCGCGCGGUCGCCGCGGGGUCCGCCUUUGCGAUGGGCCUCGAGGAGGAGCUCGCGGCGCUCCAGGGCAACGCCUACGCGGCGACGGCGCGCCUCGAGAGCGCCGCGGCGGCCGACGGCGACCGCGCCGCGGCGCUCGCGUCCGAGAACGGCGAGCUCCGGAAGAAGGAGGCGUCCGUGGCCAUGCGCAUCGCGGCCCUCGAGGCGUCCAACGCCGAGGCGCUCGAGGCGCUCAAGGCCGCGGAGCUCGAGAAGGCGCGGUGCGAGAUCGACGCGAAGCGCGCGGCCGCGCGCGCGGCCGCGGACGGCGACGCCGCGGAGCAGCUCGAGGCCGCGCUCGGCGAGUCGCGGGCCGCGCUCCAGGCCGCGCGCGGCGAGCUCGACGCGGCGCUGGGCGACCACGCGAAGCUCCAGGCCGAGGCCGCGGCCGCGCGGCGCGACGACGCCGCGGAGCUCGAGCUCGUCGCGGCCGCGCGCGCGGCCGCGGACGAGGCGCUCGCCGCGGCGCGCGGCGAGGCCGCGCGGCUCGCCGCGGCCCUCGACGCGGCGUCGCGCGACGCCGACGACGCGCGGGCCGGCGCGCGCGAGCUCCAGGCCGAGGUCGCGUCGACGGGCGAGGCGGCCGCGCGCAAGGUCGCGGGCGCGAAGCGCGAGGCCGCGGCGCUCUCCGAGGAGGUCCGGGCGCUGCGCGAGGAGCGCGAGCGGCUGGUGGCCGUCCUCGAGGACGCGCGGGCCGCCGCCGCCGACGAGGCGGACGCGCUGCGGCGCCGCGCGGACGCCGCGGCCGCGGCGCGCGACGCGUCCGCGUCCGCGGCCGCCAAGGCCGCCGAGGACGCGGAGCGGCUGAAGGAGGCGCUGUCGCGGCGCGAGGCCGAGGCCGCGCUGGAGCGCGAGGCGUCCGAGGGCGCCCAGCUGCGGCUCCGCAAGGACGCGGACCGGCUGCGGGACGACCUCGAGCGCCUCGCCGCGGAGAAGGCGCUCCUCCUCGAGACGUCGGAGGCGGAGCGGCGGUCCCACGCCGCCGCGGCGUCCGCGCUCCGGGCCGACGUCGCGCGCGCCGCCUCGGCGGCGUCGUCGCGCGCGAGCGACGGCUCCGAGGCCCUCGAGACGGAGGCGGAGCUGCUCCGGGCCGCGCUGGACACGGUCCGCGCGGAGCACGACGCGCUCCGCGUCGACGGCGAGCUGCUCUCCGAGGCGCUCGCGACGGUCAAGGCCGAGAACGCGGCGCUGCGGCGCGCGGCGAGCCCGCGGACGCUCGCGGUGUCCGAGACCGCGGGCGACGCGGCGGGCGACGCGUCGGCGUCGCCGCCGCCCGCGCGCUUCGCGCCGGCGGCGGCGCCGCCGUCGCCCGGCGGCCGCGCGGUCGUCGACGCCGUGCGCGCCGCGGCGGAGACCUGCGACCGGCGGCACCGCGCGCAGAUGGACGCCGCGGCCGACGCCGUCGCGGCCGCACUCACGGACGAGUACGAGAAGCGCGAGUCGCUCGCGGCGACGGCGAAGCGCUACCGCGCGGAGCGCGACGCGGCGCUCGCGGAGCGCGACGCCGAGGCGCGGCGCGCCGACGCCGUCACGGAGUCCGCGGAGGACGCGCUCGAGAGCGUCGGCAAGGAGCGCGACGACGCGCUCGCGCGGCUCCUCGACCUCGGCCGCGGCGGCGACGCGGCGUCGCCGCCGCGCGACCGGUCCGCGGAGAUCGCCCAGCUCGAGGCGGAGCGCGACGCGGCCGACGCGGCGCUCGAGGCGACGCUCGCGACGUUCCGGGCCCAGGCCGCGCUCGGCGAGGACCAGCUCAAGGCGCUCGAGCGCGACAAGGCGAACGCGCUCCGCGAGAUCGCCCGCUGCCGCGACGUGCGCGACGCGACGCGCUGCGCCGAGGCCGAGGCGCGCGCCGCGCGCCUCGACGCGUCGCGCGCCGAGGCGCUCCAGGCCGCCGCGGAGCGCAAGCUCGCGCUCGAGGUCGAGACGGACAAAUUCCACAAGGACAUCGAGCGCCUCACGCGCGCGCACGCGGCGGAGAAGCGCGGCCUCACGCCCCGGCGGAGCCCCGGGAAGAAGGGCGACGAGAACGGCCGCGUCGCGGACCUCGAGGCUUUGGUCGCGCGCGAGCGCGCGCGCUGCGACCGCCUCGAGCGGUCCGCGUCGGACAUGCUCGGCCAGCUCGCCAAGGCCGAGCGCGACCGCGCGCAGCUCGCCAAGGACAAGCACGCCCUCGAGGUCAAGGCGGCGUCCGCGCCCGCGCGGCCCGGCGCGCAGUCCGCGCGCAAGGCGCGGCCGUCGGACGUGUUCCGCCCCGCGGCGAUCUUCGUCGACGGCGAGAACGACGCCCGGGCCUCGUCGAAGAAGCCCGUCUUCCCCAAGGCCCACCGCGACGAGUCCAAGGCGCUGCGGUCCCAGAACGCCGAGCUCCGGUCGCAGCGCGACGCGCUCGCCGACGACGUCUCCCACCUCAAGUCCGAGCUCGCGCGCACGCGCCUCGCCGCGAGGCUCAAGGCCCUCGUCGAGGGCAAGAAGAACUUCAUCACGUCGAGCCCGCUCUUCACCAAGGGCCUGGCGUCGGCCUUCGAGGCCGUGGACCUCGACAAGAGCGGCCGCGUCGACGUCAACGAGUGCUACAUCGCCAUUUUACUGUUCUACUCGAAAUUGGGCGCGUACGUCAAGGGUUUGCUUCCCCCGAAGCUCGACCAGAUCAAGGCAAUCGUCCACGACGUCGGGUCCGACGAGCACCCGGGGGAGCUGAAUUUGGAGGAGUUCGAGGCCAUGCUCGUCAUCCUGCUGGAGCACGUCGGCGGCCGCGUGUUGUUCCAGGUCCUGCUCGCGUUCUUCUUCACGCCCGUGUUCUCCGCCUUCUUCGCGGACGUCUACUACCGGGUCUACGUCCAGGGCAGCGCCAUCGCCUUCCUCUACUCCAAGUCCAUCGUGACGAACAUGGUCGCCGCGGCCAUCGUCUCCCUCGUCAUCCCCUCGGCCCUCGACAUGUACGAGAAGAAGAAGGCCGAGGCCCGCGGCAAGAACAAGGACGUGAAAAGCCAGGCCGAGAGGGUGCCCAUCGGAGAGGCGUCCCCCGAAGCCGGCGCCAUGGACACGCUCCAGGCCAUGUUCGGGGAGAACUGGGACGCGGCGACGCUCCAGGCCGUGCUCGCGUCCAAGGGCGGCGACGUCGAGGCCGCCGUCGACGCCGUGCUCGCCGCCGGGACGCCCGAGGCCUGGCACGCGGCGGCGGCGGCGCCCCCGCCGCCCCCCGCGGCGCCCUCGCUGCCGCCGCCCGCCGCCGCGUCGCCGGCCGGGGGCGCCCUCGCGCCCGGCGCCGUGUCCGUCGUCGUGCCCGAGGGCUCGCGCGGCGGCUCGACGCUGUCCAUGUCGGCGCACGGGCGCCAGUUCAUGGUCCAGGUCCCGCCGGGCCUCGUGCCCGGCCAGCGCUUCGUCGCGACGAUCCCCCAGCCCCGCGCCGCCCCGCCGGCGGCGCCGCUGCCCGUCGACGCGGCGGCCGCGGCGGCCGCGGAGGCCGAUGCGCUGCCGAAGCGGGGCACGCCCGUCCAGCUGCCCGACGACUUCCUCCGCCUCCCCGACGACUUCCGCCCGGCCUCGUCGGGCACGGACGCCAUGGACCAGCAGCUGGCCCUCAUGAUGCAGCAGCAGCAGUACGCGGAGCCCGGCGCCGCGCCGCGGGGCCGCGGCUUCCUCGGCCGCCCCCGGCCCGCGGCCUCCGGCGCCGCCGCGACGAGCGCGGGGCCCGCCGCGUCCCAGGGCGGCACGUCGUCCAUCUUCAACCGCAUGUCCGCCGCCGCGUCCUCCGCCGCCGCCUCCGCGGGCCGCGCGGGCGCGGCCAUCAAGUCCAAGCUCAAGUCGCGGGACGCGGUCCACAUCGAGCCCUUCGAGCAGCAGUACGGCCGCCUCGACAUCGGCGACGAGCUCGACGACGGCAACCCCCUCCACCACGAGGCCGCCACGCCGCCGGGGCAGAACGGCGGCAGCCCGAACCGGGGGCAGGACGAGCUCGAGCUCUGACGGCGCGGCGGCCCGCUCUUUGGCGCGCUCCCGCGCGCGCGCGUCCCCGGGGGCGCGGGCGGCGCGGAAGCGCGUAUAUCUUACUCAUACCUCUGC